AAGAAUUUGCCUUCCCAAACACGCUCAGACUAGGGUGGGGGAGUGAGGGAAAUAGAAGAGGCAGGAUCUGAUGGAAAGCUAAAAGUCUCCGUUCUCCCUUCUGUUGGCCGCACGUAGGAAAAACAGCCCUUUGUUGGAUUUCUAAGAGCCUCUUUGCGGGAUCUACCCAGCGGAUCUCAAGGAACCGACUUGCCACAACUCGCUCCGGAGAAGGGGAUUUUUGCCGAACCGAACGAACCGAACCGAAUCAACGAUGGGCUUUGGGUGCUGCAAGAAGAGAAAGAACUCUCAAGAGCUCACCGAUGUGGAGAGGGCCAUCGAAAUCGUCAUCAACAACUUCCACUGCUACGCCGUCAAGGGCCGUAAAGAGUGCAUCACCCCCAACGAGCUGAGGGACCUGGUGGGACAGAGGUUGCCACAUUUAGCAGAGAGCGUUGGCACGUUGGACGAUAAGAUUGAAUGCCACGGCGAUGGCGACGAGGCCAAACUGCAAUUCGGCGAGUACUGGAGCGUCAUGGGAGACGCAGCAAAGGGGUGCCGAGUCACAAAGAGUAAGAAGUAACGCACGCCUGGCAGGAUCAGAACCACAAGGCCUCGGACCGUUUACACAGGAAGAACGAGAGACUGUCCGCCAUGAUGUCAAUGUGUUGUCAAUGCAGUGUUAAUAUUUUGGGGUGGUCUCCAUCCCCUCCCCUUGCUCGGUUCUGGGAUAUCAAAGUCUAGAGCUUGAUCGCCUUUAAGUAGGGAAACUUUCAGUUCCCAGCCCAGGUUCCCACCCUAACCACUCCAGUCCACUCUAGAGAAUGGCUUUGUUGUAAGCUUUCCAGGUACACUGACGUUCUCGGUUCCUGACCGCUCAACUUGAGAACCUUCAAACGGAGGAGCUCUGGACCCUUAAGAGGUCAUUUUAGCUCACUGUUCUGGAUGCUUUCUCAAAUUUCCUAUUUUCUGGUUUUGAUAAUUCAGGCCGACCCCCCCAUACUGUGGGGGAGGAAGGGAAAGGAGAAUGUUAGCUGCUUUGAGACUCCUUCGGGUAGUGAUAAAGCAGGAUAUCAAAUCCAAACUCCUCCUCCUCCUCUUCUUCUUCUUCUGCAUGCCUGUUUGUUUGAGAUCUUCCAGAUCUGAUCCAGAACUCUAUGGAGAUUUACUUUUAAAAUAAAUUAGUAGCCCUUGCCUCUAGAUUUGUUAUGUUUCAGUUCUCUCACCACUGGAUCCAGAAUGUCCAGAGCACCCUGUUUCCCUCCUCUCUCUAGAUCCGGAAUCCAGAAUACUAUUUGCUCCAGACCUUGGAAAUGUUAUUAUUAUUUUUAAAAAUAAACCUAUACAUUCAAUCCAAAGUUUUGAUCUCGGUGGUGGAUUUCGUUCCCCGCUUGGCCAGUCCAUCUUGGUUCGCCGGCUUCCAUAGCGUUGAUGAUGCUUCUUCUUCCAUUAGCUGUGUUUUCAAGCUCCUGGUCUCCUCCUUGGGUGUUAUUUUAGUCUUCUAAAUUCACAAAGCAAAGAGGCUAUGGAGUUUGAAUUCAAUGGAUUGGAUCUGACUGUGCCAGAUCAGGUGGGCGGAAGAAGGUGAGAAGCUAUGGAGACUGGACCUAGGCAAGCACUCAACCCGAAUUUACGACCACUGGAGAAAUGCAAAUCUUGGCCCAACCAACUACAACUGUGGCAACAUGGGUUGUGAUUGAACCAGCUUGGAGAGACCGGAUUUAUAUAGGCUCUGCCCAUAACCCACCAGUUCCUGCACUGGCUCCACCCCCUGAUCUGCCAGAGUUCCAACGUGGCUCCGCCCCCUGGCCUCCAACAUCAGGUCUAGCUGUGUUGAAUGCAGUCCUUCAACUCAAUACAUUUGAAAGAUUUGAGUGGACUUCCCUUCACCUCCUGAUAAGCCACCGGGGGGUGAAUUCUUGGAAGAUCCAGUUCCCUCUUCCCAAUACUUACUGUGGCCCUUCUGCAAAAUUUACUGGGUGACUAAGGGAGAGGGCGCAAAGCUCAGGGCUAAUGGCUUUCAAUUUCCUUCCCUGGAAAGGGAAGCAGUGGCUAGCGGUUAGAGCAAGAGGCUAGGAGUUGGGGCCGUGUGUGAUUCUUGGGUUGGAGAGAGAAGAGGUUGGGUAGCAAAGGGUGUUCUGGGGUCAGGGUUGAUGUCUCCACUGGACAAGUCAAACAGGUCUGAGACCUAAACACUCGCCAAAUGGGAACUGCCAGGAGAUACUUUGAAGAAACCCUUCCCUGCAGCCAAAUCUGGUAUGCCGUGGUCAUCAUGAAGCCAUCCACCGAGUGUCCCAAGUUCGGUCUGGAUCCGUCCCAUUCCUUUCCACCUCAUCUGGCAAGAAUUAUCCUCGGUUUCCAAAGUCUGGGCUGGGCGGAUGGCCAAACGUUUUGACCUCUUGUGUUGCUUGCCAUAUUAUUAUUUUUUUUUGUAUAAAUCCAUGAAAUAAAGAAAUAAGAAAAGAAAGAU